AUGGCAGACAAUCCCACGACGCAUCUCUGUGUUCAGAUACUACAAACUUUCUUCGGCGGACCGUGCUAUGAAAUUGGACGCGUCUUACUGUCUCGCGGGCGCCUGCCUUUGCCCUUAAUCGCCCGACUCACCAGACUCAAGCCGAGAACUGUGCGCGCCUGUUUAAUUGUAUUGAUUCAACACAACGUUGUUUGGUUUGCAGAGAGCGAUGGAGAAGACGGAGAAGGACCUAGAGGCGAUACUUUCUAUGAGGUGAACGUCGAGGAAGUAUGCAUGCGACUGAGGUUCGGAAAGUUUGUUGAGAUUGCUGCAGACGUGUUCGGGGAUGAGGCGAAAGAUAUCGUUAGAUGUAUUCUAGAUCACGGCAAAUUACGACUCCCUGCUGUACUCGACUUACUUGAAGUCAAUGCCCCUAAAAGUACGAUCUCUCAUCGAUCAACGUUUCAUGCUCUCGUCACUUCUCGCUAUCUCAUGCCCACAUCUCGCCUCCUGCAUACCUCUCCAAAGGACAAGAUCAUAGCAUGGGAAGAAAUCGAGAAGCGAAAACUCAAAGAGAUCCCAUCUGCCAAAGUGUUAAGGAGCAUUCGUGACGGCGUUGAAGAUAGGCUUAGAACGGAACGAGAGGGUCAGACCACCGGCUUGAAGCGAAAACCCAUCACGACAGGUGGCAAGGGACGAAAGAAACCACGUCGAGAUGAUGAGGACGAGGAAGUAGUUGAUGAGGAUGUCUGGUUUAGAGUGAACUACGAGAGGUUCAACGUUCAUUUGCGAGACACACUCCUCGCAACUGGCGCUGCGGAGCGAUACAACCCUUCCUUCGGUGCCGUGAUGAGUGCUCUUCUCGAAGCUGCUAUGUCGGUCCCGAAUACUCACCCUCGUCUGUCCGACGUCCGGUCGUCUCCCGUGUCCACGCCCACUCUCGCGACGUUUCUCCAAGGAGGCUCGUCGUUCGGUUCGAACGCCACAUCUCGUGCUCCUCUACUGUCAGCAGGGCUCAAGCUUCCCUCAUCUUCCACUGCCCCCACAAGCGCCCUGAAGCAGUAUCUUCUCGCUCUGUCGGCCUCUGAUAAUCCAACGCCAGCAGGGCAGGCAGGGGCCUUCACCUCCAGAUUUGCCGGAGGUGGAGGGGGGGAGGGCAAGGUGCAGGUGGAAUUCGAGACGAUCGCCGAGAGGAUGCGGCGACGGCUCGUGGAGGGGUAUGUCAGGGAAAGAUGGGGUGACGGCGCUGGCCGAGUUCUUGGCGUACUUUGGGGCGGAACCAUGAUGGACGAGAGACAGAUUGCCAAAAUCUCCUUGAUGCAGGCCUCUGUUGUCCGAGCGGCUCUUACCGCCCUGCAGUCCGCAAACUUCCUUUCACUGCAACAGGUCCCAAAGACACCACAACGAGAACCUGCCCGAUCCUUCUUCCUGUGGUAUUGCGACCCGCAGAAUUGCUAUACAUCGCUGCUCUCGACCCUGUACGGCACAAUCGCCAAUCUAAUCGAACGGCUAGAGCGCGAGGAAGAGGUUGCCACGCGGGAGGUGGCUAGACCAUGGAACGUUGCGCGUGCAGAGCGGUCCGCGGAGAGAGAAGGCAUUAAGUCCGAGCGUGAACGAAAACGCGACCGAGUUUGGGGCGCGGUGGGACGUGCUGACAGGGGCGUGUUGGUACUCAGGGAUCUUGUAGGUGGUACUGGAUGGGGCACAGGCACAGGAUUAGCCAUCUAG